AGUUUUUAACAUGCUACAAAUAACAGUACAGAGAAACGAAAGGACAAUUUGAAAAUUAAACAAAUAUUUAUUUUAUUUCAUUUCACAAAUAACUUCACUAGUGAAUACUAAAAUACUGGAGACUAAGAAUGUAAUAACUAAAAUUCGACUCAUUAUCAAGCCGGAAGUUCAUGGAAAUAUUACCAGACUCUCAAGUUUCUCAAUACAUACAUUUCCGAUCGGUCACUUUCCCAAUCUCUAAGAGGAGCCUCUUUCAGUUCGUCAUUUCGUUUAGUCGUGUCUCGUCGCUCUCGCGCAUUGCUCGCGACUGAUGGUCUUUAAAAAUUAAGGUGUACACACAACGGGAAAUUACAUAUAAUUGAUUAAAGCCUACCGACCAACUAUAGGAAAAUGUUACGAUUUUUACUAGCGACAUGUUUUGUCGCUUUAAGCGCCGCGACGUGUCCGUUGAGACCUUCGCGGCAACAUACAAGAGCAGAACGUUCACCCGGAGAUGGUGGUUAUCGAAUUUUGCUUAGUGACAAUUCGCAAACCUACAUUGCGAAUACCGUUUACACAAUAAGUCUUCAAGGUGCCAGAACUCACGCCAGACUUCAACAGUUCACUAGGUUCACGUUGUCCGUGGAUUCCCAGCAUGCACCGCGAAAUUCAAAUGUUCGCGUUGGCUAUUUCCAACUUUUCCCAGACGCACUGACAGCCUUUAACGAAGACUGUAUCAACACUAUUUCGGAAAUGACUGACUAUCCCAAAUCGGAGGUCCAGGUCAUGUGGCGAGCACCUCCGACAGGAUCAGGAUGCGUUGUUUUCAGUGCGAUGGUCAUGGAGGGUUCAGGUAACUGGUACGCCGAAGAUGGUACCUUGAAAAAGACAUUGUGCGAGAAGACUCCUAAUAACGACAGAAGCAUCAGGGAUGACGAAUGCUGUGCUUGUGACGAAGCAAAAUAUUCGCUGACACUCGAGGGUAUAUGGUCCAACGAGACUCAUCCCAGAGACUUUCCAAUAUCUCGUUGGUUAACGCAUUUUAGUGACUUAAUUGGUGCUUCCCACGAAGCUAAUUUUUCGUUUUGGGGUAGAGACCACGUGGCCACCGAUGGUUUUCGUCAACUGGCCGAAUGGGGGUCCGCUACUGGGGUGGAAGCUGAAUUACGCGAACAGGCUACGCACUUAAAGACCCUAAUUAAGGCUGCAGGACUUUGGUAUCCUAAUGUCAAUGCUAAUACGACUACUAGCUUUAAAGUGGAUAGAAAGCAUCCUCUGGUAUCAGUGGCAUCCAUGCUGGGACCAAGUCCUGAUUGGGUGAUUGGUGUGAGCAAAUUGAAUGUAUGUCAGAAAGAUUGUUCGUGGAUGAGGAGCAUGAUAAUAGAUCUGUAUCCAUGGGAUGCUGGCACUGAUAACGGUAUCAGCUACAUGUCCCCCAAUUCUGAGACUAAACCACGGGAAAAAAUGAAGCCGAUCACUACGUCAUAUCCGGAAGAUCCCAGGUCGCCAUUCUAUGACCCAACCGGCACGCCCAUGUUGCCUUUGGCACGUUUGUAUUUGACCCGUGACAAGAUCAUUCAGCGUGGAUGCGACGAAGAUAUUCUUCAGCAACAGAUAGCUGAGUUGGACGUCGCAGAAAAUACUGAGGACACCUCAAGACCUGAAUGUGCAACUACUGAAUAUACUAACUGGUCCCCGUGCUCGGUAAGUUGCGGUAAGGGUCUCAGGAUGAGAACCAGACAAUACAGAAUGCCGCAGAAGGCAGCCAUGUUCAACUGUAACAGACAAUUAGUUUCCAAAGAGAUGUGUGUAGCUUCGGUUGCCGAGUGUCCUGGUCAAGAAGAAGAUAACGAUGAUUUGAAAAUUGAGGAUACGUCCGGUUUUUGUAUGACUACCGAGUGGACACCAUGGUCCGAGUGUUCUUCAUCCUGUGGAAUUGGUCAAAAGACUCGUUACAGAAGAUUUAAGAAUCCAAUGGGUCGUAAGAAGUGUCCACACGUUCGGACAAUAGAGCAUGAAAAAUGUAUGGAACCCCCGUGUGCACCUGGUACAGAGGAAGUUAUCGAUCCGAAUUGUAAGGUAACAAAUUGGAGUGAUUGGUCACCCUGCAGCGCAUCUUGCGGCAAGGGCACAAAAAUGCGAGCGAGAUUACUCAUGGUUGAACCGCUCAAGCAGGAAGAAUGUUCGUCGCGCGUCGAAUUGAUUCAGCAAAGACCUUGUUUGGUUCAAGCAGACUGUACAUUCGAUAUGGCAACUGCAAAGGUUGUCUGUAUGGAAGAAGCUGAUCCUGGUCCAUGUCGCGCGUAUUUCCAACGUUGGGCGUUCAAUCCCCAAAAAUCAAUGUGUGUUCAAUUUGGGUAUGGUGGUUGCCGUGGAAACCGAAAUAAUUUCCUAACUUUUGAGGAAUGCACCAAUGCAUGCACUGCCGUCAUAUCCAAUGUAACGGGAAGAGCAUUGCCUUCUGCUCAGAGUAAUCUCAUUAAUGCUGCACAAGACUCAAGAGCAUUGGCAGCACCCCCUGUCGACUGUAUGGUUACCCCGUGGUCACCGUGGUCACCCUGUAGCGUCACAUGUGGCACUGGACGUGUCACAAGUUUCCGUAUGAUCAAGCGACAGGCCGAGAAUGGCGGUCAGCCUUGCCCUAGGAAGCUUCAACGUAGAGCAAGAUGUCAGCAGGCUCCUUGCGAGUAG